AUGGUGCAAGUUGGAAAUCAAAACGAGAAAUCAUUUUGGCAGUCAUACAAAGCGAUUCCUCCAAGAGCGCGAAAAUAUAUAGGGUUGAAUACAAAUUCCUAUGAAAUAGCUGGCAUUGCAAUCGCUCUAAUGGGCAUGUACAUAAGUGAACGUCUUGAAGAACGGCUUCCAGCACCAUCUAAAUCACAAAAUACGUCAACCCCACCAACCCACGAUGUGACAAUAGCAAAGCAAUGA